CUUCAAGUUAGAUUCUAGUAACCACUUUAUUUUAGUUUAUUUGAAACCACUUUAUUCUGAUUUUUUAGCCUAUAAAUGUCUGCCUCCUCUUUCGGACUUGGCCAUCUUCAAAACAGAACCAUGAGAAGGCCAAAUGAGAAGAAAGUUUCCCUUAGACAUUCUUGUUUUCUUUUCAUUUGCUUUUUUUGUUACUCUUCUUUUUCCCAAAUGACUUGUCCAAACUGUGGUCUCCUAAAUAUUCCAUACCCGUUAAGCACUAACCCAAACUGUGGCGACCCCGACUACUCUCUUCGUUGUGACAUUCAUUCUGGAAAACUCUACUUUGAUGCCUUGAAUGGAAGUUCAUAUACCGUGGUCAGAAUCAAACCUGAUAGUCAAAAGUUAGUUCUCCAGAGUCAACCAUGGUUGCCUAACACAUGCAUCACUCAAGAUUUUCCUGUUAGUGAGGGACUUUGGUUAAACCAAACACUCCCUUUUAACAUCUCUUCCUCAAACACUAUAUUCAUCUUCAAUUGUUCACCUCGCCUCUUCCUGUCCCCUCUUAAUUGCACUCCUUCAAGUCUUUGCCAUCGUUACCUUGAGAGCUCAGGCCAGGUUGACCCUUCCCGGGCUCUUCAGUGUGCAAGUUCUAUCAACCCAUGUUGUACCUUCAUUGCAGGUGGUCUUUCAUCGGCAUACAAGAUCCGUCUACAUGCCUCAGGUUGCCGAGCUUUCAGAAGUAUUAUAGACUUGGAUAAAGAAAAACCCGCGAGUCUAUGGGAUGAAGGAGUUGAGAUUCAGUGGGCCCCACCACCAGAACCUGUUUGUAAAACUCAACAUGAUUGCUCGGUUUCUUCCAAGUGUCAACCUACUGAAAACAAGGGUAUCUCCCGUUGUUUUUGUAAUGAGCAUUAUAAUUGGGAUCAUGCCCUUGGAGUUUGUAUAAACAAGGCGGGUCACAAAAAAUCUGGUCUUACAAUCAAGAUUGCAAUCGGGGUGGCCAUGUUUUUUGCAAUGGGGGUACUUAUGAUAACCGUUACAGUGAGAAGAUCAAGAAAGAAUCAUCAGAAAGAAAAGGUUGCUAAGGAGAGGGAAGAACUGUUCAAAUCAAACAGUGGAAUGAAAUCUGCAAGAAUGUUUAGCUAUAAAGAACUCAAGAAAGCAACUAACGGAUUCUCUAAAGAUACAAUUUUAGGCGUUGGUGGAUUUGGUGAAGUUUACAAAGGCGAACUUCAAGAUGGGAAAGUUGUAGCCAUUAAGUCGGCUAAAGUAGGAAAUAUAAAGAGUACUGAACACGUACUUAAUGAAGUUGGGAUACUUUCACAAGUCAGUCAUAAGAAUUUAGUUCGGCUUUUGGGAUGUUGUGUGGAAGCGGAACAACCAUUGAUGAUUUAUGAAUACAUUCCUAGAGGAACCCUUUAUCAUCAUUUGCAUGUCGAGUCUUCUACGUUUCUGAACUGGAAAAUGAGGUUGAGAAUUUCUUUACAAACAGCUGAAGCAUUGGCUUAUCUUCACACUGGCGCUCAUACCCCCAUUUAUCAUAGAGAUAUCAAGUCAACAAACAUCCUUUUAGACGAUGAUUACAAUGCCAAAGUUGCGGAUUUUGGUAUUUCUAGACUGGCUCGACCAGGAUUGAGCCAUGUCUCAACUUGUGCUCAAGGGACUUUGGGCUAUUUGGACCCUGAGUACUACAAAAAUUACCAGUUAACUGACAAAAGCGAUGUGUAUAGUUAUGGCAUUGUGUUGCUUGAAAUUGUCACUACUAAAAGGGCAAUUGACUUUGAACGAGAAGAAAAUGAUGUGAACUUGGCGGUUUAUGUGGCUCAACGAGCAGACACAAUUACGAAGGUUGUGGACCGACGGUUGGUAGGAGAGGAGCCUUCUUGUCAGGUUUUGACUAGUGUAAGGCUCUUUUGCAAGCUUGCACUUGCUUGUUUAAGAGAGAAGAGAGGGGACAGGCCAACCAUGAAAGACGUUGUCCAAGAACUACAAUCCAUACUUGAGACUAUAAAUCAAGAGUAUGUUGCUUGUGAAACAAGUGUAGAGAUCAAAUGAAGCUUUAGUAAAUGUUUUUUGUUUGACAA